AUGUCGAUUGCUUCAAAAGGCCCAGCCAACUUCACACUCCGAUAUAUUCAUGACUCUACAUCGAAUCCGCUGCCGAAAGCGCCGCCGGCACGAUGGACCGGAAAUGGCGGUAUAACUAGUCUGAUUGGGGCCGAGAAUGGAAUCGACAACACAUGGGAGCAGGUUGUUCUGAAGCAGCUGCCCAAGGCACUGCAGAACUUCGGUCGACCGUCCGGGAAUCCGUGGUCCCAGAUCACGAAUAUUGUGCAGUCUUUCCUCAAACAGGGAUGA